AUGCCUCGUCUGUGGAUCUUCCUGCUUCUGUUGGCACACUUGAUCAACAGCCCGGUGCUUUCUGCAAAAGGAGGCAAGAAAAAACAUCAAGGGAAGAAUCAAAGUGGCCCUGCAACUCCCAAGGAGGACAUUGGGUCAGAUGGGGCUCCCGAGAGUCCAUCAGAAUCUGACUUCUUGGCUGAUUUUGCCGGGAAACACCGCCUGUGGGUGAUCACCGCACCAUCGCACAGUGACAACUAUCUGCGUAUGAUGGAGAAGCAGAUCCAGGAGUCUGAAGGACUGAACUGUCGCUUGGCAGAGAGAGACACGCUCAUCGUCACUAUUAUUCAGAAUGCCAUGAUGGAAGGCAAAAUCCAACGUACAACCUUGCAAGGAGAAGCCACUGUGGAGGCCAUGGACUCUGAAAUGGUAAGCAAACUUCUCCAUUACCUUGAGCUGGAGGACCAUACCUUCUCCAUGCUGAUUCUGAAGAAGAACAUGAGGGUUAGUGAGAGAUUUCCUUACCCGGUUCGUAUUGAGGCCAUUCUUGAGGUCAUCGAUCAGUUGCCUGUGCGAAAGUUGGAGAAGGUCGCAAGAAAGGGGUUACCAGUAAAAUGCAAGAUCACAAAGAAGAGGAUAGUGGUGAAGAAACAGGGUUCCAGCAAGCGUAGGACCUUCAGCCCACAGAGGCGUGCAAAUUCCACGUCCAUCUUCCUCACACAGAAGAUAUGUCUAGACAAAAAGGCAACACUGAGAAACAAAGUACAAGAUAUUUUGAGCGGACGUUCACGAUUUGUCAUCCGUAAAACGACAGGUAGCUCACGCGACGGCAAACCAUCAGCUAAAGCAGGUUCAAAAUCUGGAUCUAGUGGAAAUGAGAGACUGAAGCACGACGACCAGAAGAAAACUCCAUAUAGUGACAGACACCCAGAGCCGGUAACAGAAGUGAAAAAAGCUUCGGAAGCAGAUAAAACACAUGCUAGUGCAAAAUCUAAUUUUGACACCCUCAAUGAGGAGUUCGAAGGAGAACAAACCGUUGACCAUUCAAGCUCCAAAAAGAAAGGCAAAGGAAAUGAUGGCAAGAAGAAAGAGGGCAAAGGAGGGAGGAGGAAGUCACAACGAGAAGCAGAUGAUAAGGAAAAGGCAGCUCUCAAAGACUUCAUGCAAAACCUCAAAGGGAGAAGAAGACUCCUUGUGAUUUCAUCCCCAAGUGAUGUCUCAAGUCACUAUAUCAAACAGAGAGAUGAUAAUGAGCUACUUAGCUGUGACUUUUCUCAAAGAAAGGUCUCAGUGCUGUCCAUCAUGGGUUCAGAACGUAAUCCUACGCUACACAUUCAACACUACCAACAAGGUUCAGAGUCUCUACAAGCAUCCCUGCCAGAAAAGUUCAGAAACCCAGAGUUAAUCAGCGAGAUCCGCAGAGAAUAUGGGCUGGACUCCAAAAACUUCUCAAUGGUGUUGACUGACUAUGACCUGAGGCCUAACCUUAACAGGGUUCUCAACAAGCCAACAGCUCCUUCUGAUUUACUGGAUUACAUUGACAGCUUUCCAUCACGUCAGUCUGAGAAGGAAGAGGAGAGAAAAGCUCCAUUACCCUGCUCUAAAGCCGAAACGAACAAUCAAGAGGAGAACUCGCUUUUGAGGUUUAUGUCUAAACGAAGACUUCUGAUCAUCUCAGCACCCACUGUAGAUGACUACUCAUUCCAUCAGCAGCUUCAGGCGCUCAAUGGACAGGAGUGUCAACUGGGUAUUCGUCAUUUUGCCUUGUUGAAGAUUGUGGGUACUGGAUCGACAGCUUCAGGAACAGUGGAGUUUUUUCCAUUGAAUGGAAAAAGUCAACCUGAGAAGGAGACGCUCUCGCAGGAUGUGGUGGAGAGUCUCAGAAAUCAGUUGAAGAUAAACCGGGACUACUUCAGCAUGCUGGUGGUGGGUAAGGACGGAUACGUAAAGGCCUGGUUCCCAUCUCCAAUGUGGUCCCUGGGAAGCAUCUAUGACCUUGUGGAUUCUAUGGAAUUGCGUCAACAGGAACAGAAAUUACAGCAAACUCUUGGAAUUCACUGUCCAGAUGAGAAUACCGGUACUUACCAUGGUUACACAGAAGAGACAGAGGAUGGGUACUUGUACCACAGAUCUGAGGACUAAUAGUCAUCCAAAAAAAGACAUUAGACAUGCAUAAAAUGAACAUGACAUGCAUUUGGACAUUUGU